AUGACAGCGAACAGUGCAGCAUUAGAUGGUGUUGACUUGAAGUGGUUGGACGAAAAGGCCCCCAGCACUACUAUCACUGGAACUUCCUUCGGCAUUCCUUGGCCUCAAGGCUCCGUGGACAAGACAACUUCGAUCGCCAUCAACUCUUCGGAUGGCUCAGGUAUACCUGUUCAGACAUGGCCACUCGCAUAUUGGCCAGAUGGAAGUCUGAAGUGGACCGGUCAUGCUUUGGCGGCGAGCGAGAACUUGGUGGACACGUUCCACCUAUCAGUCGACACGCCUACCGAACCCGCUGUGCCGGUCGAUGUGACACAAACCUCCGAUCAGAUUACGGUGACCACCGGAUCGUUCACAGCCGUGUUCAACACUUCCGGCACUAUCAUCAUCGAUAGCCUUUCUCUGGAUGGCAGCACAAAAGCUCAAGCAGGACAACUCGUGGUACACGUCCAGAAUGGGCCUGACGAACUAGAGCUCGAAGGUCUCCGUCCCUCGGCUGUCGCAACGACUGGGACCAUCGACACCGUGACCGUAGAGCAGGAUGGCCCGGUAAGGGCCGUGAUCAAGGUUACUGGAAAGUAUGAGGGCGGAGGCCAUGCUGCGUUUUUACCAUUCACAGUCAGGUUCUACAUCUCGGCUGGCGCCACAGCGGUGCGAAUGGUACACUUCUUCAUCUACGAUGGCGAUCAGUUCAACGACUUCAUUAAAGGAAUAGGUCUCACAUUCUCUACGCCACUCUCUGACGAGCUCUACAACCGCCACAUCCGCUUCGUUACUGCCAAAGGGGGUAUCUGGGGCGAACCUGUCCGUGUUCUCUCCGGUCUUCGUGUCGACGCCACUUCCGCUGUGCUCACACCCCAAUUCGAAGGAACCGCCACACCCGACAUUUCCACUUGGCCCACCACCGUCACUUCCGGUAUUGACGACCUUGCCAUCUGGAAUGACUUCACGCUGGAUCAACUGUCGCCUACGAGGUGGACUGUGGCAAAAAGGACUACGGCGGGAAGUGCCGCGAGUUGGCUGUCGAAUGCUGGGUUUGGAGAGAAGGCGGCGGGGGUGGGAUACCUUGGGGGUGCCACGGGUGGUGGAGUUACAUUUGCGGCGAGGAACUUUUGGGAGGGCGCGCCAAGAGGGAUUGAUAUUAGGGGCGCAGGAGGCGAUACGGCCACAGUGACGAUUUGGGCAUACAGCCCCAGAGCGGUGGCUAUGGACUUGCGUGGCUAUGAUACGACGUCGCAUGGACUGGAUUUGACAUAUGAGGACGUUGGAGAUCCCGACCCAAAUCCCAUUGGGAUAGGCAGGUCAUACGAGCUUACACUCCAAGUGGAGUCUGCAACACCAUCCCGGGCCGCGCUGGCAGACUUUGCCUCGGUCAUCACGGCCGUCCCGCAAGUCGUGGCGUCGCCAGAAUUCUACGCCUCUCGGCAUCUUUUUGGGGGACGAUGCGUGCCGGAUACAUCGUCGUCUGGCCUCGCCACAAUAGAGCAGCAGAAGUCGGACAUACUCGACUUCUAUAUCAAAGAAAUUGACCAACGCCAGUUCUACGGGUUUUGGGACUACGGCGACUUCAUGCAUACUUAUGAUCAAACACGUCAUACUUGGAGAUAUGAUGUCGGGGGCUAUGCCUGGGAUAACGGAGAACUCGGUUACGACGUAUGGCUAUGGUUGUCGUUCCUCCGGACGGGACGUGCAGACGUAUUUCGUCUAGCGUAUGCGCUAACGCGCCACCUUUCGGAGGUCGACUUCCAUCACACUGGACCAUUCGCAGGUCUUGGAUCUCGUCAUCACGUCACGCAUUGGGGUGGUGCUGCCAAGGAAGCUCGGGUCAGCAGCAGUACCAUCAAGCGGCCAUUCUACUACCUAACUGCGGACGAGUUAAUUGGCGACAUCAUGGAAUACUCACUCCAAGCAGACCAGACUCUCCUUCCAUGGGAGCCACUUCGAAAAGUUGCAGCUUUGCCUUCUCAAGCUCCCAGUCGUGUCCGAAUUGGGCCCGACUGGACGGCUCUGUCCGGAAACUGGUUCACACAAUGGGAGAGGACGAACGAUAGCCAGUGGAAGGAUAAAAUUGUUACCGGGAUGACCGAUAUUGCUAACAUGAAAUACGGUCUGUUCUCGGGUCCGCUAGGAGGCGCUGUUGGUUGGUUUCCAGAUACAGCCCAUCUGGUAGAUGAAGGUGGUGAAGGAGAGAAUACGUACCACCUGGCCUACAUUUUCGGAGGUGGCGAGUUCUUCAUAGAGCUCGUAGAAACCAUCACGGAAGUGCCUGCAUUUGACUCCGCCUGGAUUGACUUCUGCAAGUACUACAAUGCGUCGGAUGAUGUCCAAAUCGCAAGAUACGGAAAGAAACUGAGUAUCAGGACCUACCCACAGUGGUAUGCCAAAUUGACCGCCUAUGCAGGAGAACGCUUGAACGAUGACACCCUGAAGCAGCAAGCGUGGACCAUCCUUAACGACAAUACUACUGGCGUGUGGCCACCGGCAAGCCAAGUCGGAGGAACCGAUGUUCCUAACCCAGUCACGGAGAUUGUCGACCUUGCGACGAAUGACACUGCAGCACUCUCGGUAUCUCAAUAUGCAGUGCUUGCCAUCGCACCCGAGUUUGCGCCAAACUCUUUCGUACCUCAGGAUUCGAUAACGGAGUCCCUGGCCGAGACAUCUACCGUAGCGUCACUCAGAGCCUCAUCGCCCCUUGACGAAAAGAGCACGAGAAAAAUAAAGAUAGAUAACGCGGAACGUAAGGAGAAGAAGAGCGGCGCGUGGAAAAGGCUAUUAUGCUUGAAGUAA